AUGGCAACCACUCAGAAACAAAGGAAUUGUGUGAGUGCAGUCGUAUUUCCUAACAAAAUAUCUAAUGAACAGCAAUCCCUGAUGCUGGUGAAGAGACUCCUGGCAGUAGCAGUAUCCUGCAUUACAUAUCUGAGAGGAAUCUUUCCUGAAAGUGCCUAUGGAACAAGAUACAUGGAUGAUGUCUGUGUCAAAAUCCUGAGGGAAGACAAGAACUGUCCUGGCUCUACUCAGCUGGUGAAAUGGAUGUUAGGAUGCUAUGAUGCCUUGCAGAAGAAAUAUCUAAGAAUGAUUGUCCUAGCAGUCUAUACCCAUCCAGAAGAUCCUCAGACAAUUACAGAAUGUUACCACUUCAAAUUCAAGUACACCCACAACGGGCCACUCUUGGAUUUCAGCAGUAAGAAUACAAGGAAUGAUUCCACAAUCACCUGUGCAGACACCAAGAAAGCAAGUAUCCUCCUCAUUCGCAAGAUUUAUGUUCUCAUGCAAAACCUGAGUCCAUUACCAAAUGAUGUUUGCCUGACUAUGAAGCUGUUUUAUUAUGAUGAAGUUACACCAUCUGAUUACCAGCCUCCUGGCUUUAAGGAGGGUGAAUGUGAGGGGAUGAUAUUUGAAGGGGAGCCUAUGUAUCUAAAUGUGGGUGAAGUGCCAACGCCUUUUCAUAUGCUGAAAGUUAAAGUUACAACUGAAAAACAACGAAUGGAAAAUGUUGAUAAAAGCAUCCUAAAGCAUGGAGAAGCUAAUGUGCCUCUUCAGGUGCUCAAAGUGGACAGGGAUGAUCCAGAAGAAAACAGGGACAUAAAUGAAGAUCCUGUCUUGGAUAAUAAAGUGGAAGAUAAGAAUAGUGUAAAUAUUUCAGAAGCUCAAGAACCAAAUUUAACUUGUGAAGAAGAUGAAGUUAUGAAGACUGGAGGGAACCAGAACCCGUGUGUUUCUAAUCCUCAGGUCGAUCAUUUGGCAAGUAAGACAUCUGAACUUAAUGUGUCAGAGAGCAGGACAAGAAGUGGAAAGAUAUUUCAAACCAGCACUGUUCAUCAGUUUGAACUCUCAUCUAGUCAAGAUGUGCUGCCAAAAAGGAGAAAGAUCAGUGAACCAAAGGAGCAGUUUUAG